AUGCCACGCUUCACCUCCCGCCGCUCAACCACCUCCACCACUCCCCCCCGCCGAACCUCAAACCCCAAUAUCCUGCCCUACCGCGACCAAAACAACCGCGUCGCAUACACCUCCACAUCCACCACCACCGAAGCCUCCCACACACUCGAACCCAUCCCUACAUACGACUCAGACGCCGAACCCCUCAUAAGCUCCUCCAUAUCGACAAACUCAGGGAAUGCACUACUCCCAGCCAGCGCAGGCGAGGGGUUAGAAGGGAAGGGAUUGAGUAACGAGGAGAUAGAAUGUUUCACAGCGACAGGCCGACCGAUGCCGAGGUUUACACCGGCGCCGUUUAUGAGCAUGGCCACGGAUAUGUAUAGUCUGCCCCAACUGCUGCCGGUGAGGUAUACGGAUGAUAGUGUUAUUCCUGCGAUUGUUGUGGGGGUUGUGCCGGGUUCUUCUCCUUCCUCCACCGAUCCAUCUUCCGCCAACCCUAUCGAGCCAUCAUCUACCGAACCUCCAGCCUCGCCGCCCAGGAAAAAGAGCAUAUUUGAUAAGUUCAAGCGCAAAGCUAGUGUUGAUACUGAGAAGGGGAUUACGAAGGUGGUAUACAUGCCGAGGAGGGAGUACAUGAAGUUCUUCGCCAGAGAUCUAAAGGGUGAGUAUGUUGGCACCGAGCCGUAUAGAAGAUGGAGCGAGGGCGAGCUGGAUGAGGUGUUUAGGGGGUUUCAGCCUAAAGUUCAGAAGAAAGCGGGGUAUAGGGUUCCUAGCUAG